CGCCCUAAUACACAAGCUGCCAGCCGAACAUGCGGAGGCUGCGGGACGGAAUUCAAUUUGCGUCCGAAAUAUUGUUAAUCAAACAUGCUUGAGUCCGCUUCUCUGUUUCCACUACUCGCCUCUCGUCCUUCAGAGGUCACGACUGUAUUCCUUCCCUCCUCUUCUCUCCUACUCAGUUAUCUACACCGCCCAUCGUCCCUCAAUUGCCCCCAAAUUCCUCCCCGAAGGUUUGCGAAAAUUCGCUCUAAACCUCAAUGAUCAGUUGAAAACUUGCUUUGGAGCAUGAAUCUCCGGCCGCUUGCGAGAUCUAAAUUUUGCUGAGGAGAAGAGUAUCUUCAGUCUGUUACCCUGCGGAUGUAAAUCUCUCUCUAGCAGCUUAUUCUUGGCUGCCUGGGUGUUUUUCCAUGGAGUAUGGUCUUUCUGACAGCAGCGGGACUGAUGAUGAUCUUCCACCACCACAUCAGAAUAGAGGUGCAAGAGGGCGUAUUGCAGUGAAUGGAAGAACUGGUGUUACCCUUCCCUACAGUAGAGCCCAGAUUGAUAUGGAGACUCAGAUACAUCAGUUGGAGCAGGAAGCAUACAGUUCUGUUCUCCGGGCAUUCAAAGCUCAAUCAGAUUUGCUUACUUGGGAGAAGGAAACUUUAAUAACUGAACUAAGAACAGAGUUAAAAGUAUCUGAUAUAGAGCACCGAGAACUAUUAAGCAUGGUUAAUGCAGAUGACCUUAUAAGGAGAAUAAGGGAGUGGAGGCAGGCAGGAGGGAGGCAACCUGGCUUGAUGAAUCAUGCACAGCCUGUUCCGGAUUCACUGCCUAGUCCUAGUGUUUCGGGGUCUCGCAAGAGGAAAAAUGCAUCUCAGUCAAUACCUUCUUUGCCUCUCAAUGUGCCAUCGCCUGCAAUGCAUUCCCAACCAGUUGGUGCUUCCAUGCAGCCAUCAGUACCAGCUGUAAAGCAUGGACCUUCAGGAACCAAGAGCAAGCAGCCUAAACCAAUUCCCCCCAUGGGUCCGAGUGGAAGGGGCCAUCUCUCAAAUAGGGGUGUCCCUAAUGUUAUUGCUGCAAAUGAGCUGCCUGAAACUGCAGCAUAUGAUCCCCUGAUUGGGCGAAAAGUAAUGACUAGGUGGCCAGAAGACAACAACUUCUAUGAGGCUGUUAUUACUGACUAUGAUCCACAGAAGGGACUUCAUGUUCUUGUAUAUGAUAUUAACACGAACAACGAGACGUGGGAGUGGGUCAAUCUCAAAGAGAUUUCUCCUGAGGAUAUCAGAUGGGAAGGUGAGGAUCCUGGUUUCCAAAAUCGAGGAGUUCGCGGGGGAGCUGGUCGAGGGGUCAAGAAGGCUCCAGUUCGUAACAAUGUCAUUCGAUCCGGUUUAGGUAGGGGAAGAGGACCUUUGAAGCAUCAGUCUAAGAAAGAUCUAAGAAUAUCACAAAAUGGAAUUGGGAAAAGGGUUUCUGGUGACAUUGAGAUACUAAACACCGAUAGCCUACUAAAAGAGGUGGAGAGAAUUUUCAGUGCUAGUCACUCAGAUCCAGUAGAAGUUGAGAAGGCAAAGAAAGUGCUCAAGGAGCAUGAACAAUCACUCAUUGAUGCAAUCGCUAGGCUUGCUGAUGCAUCUGACGGAGAAAGUGCGGAUUGUGACCAGUCCUUCCCCUGAAAGCAGCAGAAGGUGAAGGACAAAUAGACAGAUUCUCAUCAGGCAUGAAAAAGCUGGGAGUUCAAGAGCAUAUUUGUUCGAGCAAAGCUUGAGAGGGAUUGAUUGUUCUUGUGAUGGCUAUGAUAAGCAAUGUGGCCAAGUAACCAGACAACUAGGAUAAAUGGAGCUACUAGGAAUUGUUCAUAGCAUUAGUCAUGAGUUUGUUUAUGUUUCCAUAGUUUUUAGUGGAGGCUGUUAAUAUGUAACAUUUCUAGCCUCCUUUUGUGCGAUGCUUGAAAAUUAUUAUCUGAUUUGUUAACAAAUGGAAAUUCUCUGGUUUUAUGGUAGCAAUAGAUGAACCAUGAAUUCAGUUCAA